GGACACAACGACGAAAGCUAGCCAGCUAGUAACAAGAACAAAAAACACCAUCAUCCCAUCCGCCCGUGUCAACGCCACCCUAGCCCUGUGAUAUACAAUGGCGGCCCAGAGCACGAGGAUGGUGGCGCUGGCCCUGGUGGUCCUCCUGGUGGCGGCGACGGCGUUGGUGCCCACGGCCACCGCGUACGGCUGCUACGACGACUGCUACGAGCGGUGCGCCAACGGCAAGAAGGACGACCCCGCCUGCACCAAGAUGUGCAACCAGGCGUGCGGCAGCACCGACAAGGGCGCCGCCGCCGGCGCGCCGGCUUGAUCGACCCGGGCUUCAUCGGCGCGCGGGCUCAGCUCGAUAUCAUCAUAUACAAUCGCUGCUCCGUCGCUCACGUCAGCCCAUGCAUAAUCUCUCGACCCGGCCCAUUGAAUCUUCUCCUUCUACUAUAGUAUCUCUUUGUUGCAGGUCUUCGUUCUCAUACAUCGAUCCACUCAUCCUUUUUUGUAAUUCCUACUACCAUUAAGUGAGAUGACCUCUCUAUAUAUGCAUGAUUCA